UCAAGCUUGUGACUGGUCAUCGCUGGACGAAUCGUGGAAGUGGCGCAUUUUCAGUAAUUGUUGAUUGGAGAUCGCCAAAUAAUACACUGAUUAUUGGUUACUGUGUUUAAUAAACUUUGGCCGCGUAUAAAUAAUUCCUACUUUGAUUUAGGGCAAAACAUUAACUCGUAGAAUUAGUUAAAAGUGGUUUUCUUGCGAUUGCCCUUGUGCGGUUGGAACAUUCAAGAUGUCCGUAUGCUUUUUUGUGCCUGCCGAACAGGGCAGCGGAGUGGCCGAGGAGAUAGAGACGGAGACCGUAGAGGAUGCACCCCUGGAGAGCAGCCAGCAGACACUGCAGCAGUUCUGGUCGAAGGUCAUGGAGGACAUCAGGAAGAUCACUGCUGAGGAUUUCAAGACCCAAGCCCUACCGCUGGCCCGCAUCAAGAAGAUCAUGAAGCUAGAUGAGGAGGUGAAGAUGAUAUCGGGGGAGGCUCCCAUGCUGUUCGCUAAAGCAGCUGAGAUAUUUAUCCACGAGUUGACGUUACGUGCCUGGUCGCACACAGAGGACAACAAGCGGAGGACUCUGCAGCGCAACGACAUAGCGAUGGCGAUAUCGAAGUCGGACCAGUUCGACUUCCUGAUCGACAUCGUGCCGCGACACGAGGUCAAGCCCAAGCCGCGCGACGACCCGCCGCGGGCCACCACCGUCACCGAGCAGCUUACGCAGCAGCACAUCAGUACAGUACACAGCGGCCAGCAGCAGAUUGUGGUCCAGCCGUGUGCUCAACUCGUGCAGGUACGUACAUACAUCUUAUAUGCCAGAAUGUCAGAGAACUGUAUGCCACAACUACAGGGUGGAAACGAUAAGUGA